CAAAAUGUCAAACCAGUCAAACGUCAGCUCGCUCAGCCUCAGCUCGCUGUCGGAGCGACUCGUGAACGGUGAGAGGAACAGCGUCAACGCUGCUGGUGCCGCCACCGGCGCUGUCAGUGGCAACGCCGGCUGCGGGGCGAAAGGAGGAAAGGGCAGUUGCGUGAGUGGUGGAAGUGUCUUUGAUUCUUACAGUGGUGCCGUCAGUGGCGUCGGUGCCGGUAGUACUGGUAGUGGUAAUAAUAGUAAGAAUAAUAAUAAUACUGAUAUCAUUGGUAACGGCGGCGUACUCGUUGUUACCGGCGGCGUCAUCGGUGGCGCCGCGGACGGUCCCCGCGACGUGACGUUGUCCGACGCCUUCCGCGACACGACGCCAGUGAAUUUCUGCCGCGAGACAACAGUACCGCGUACCUGCGGCGGCGACCGUCGUUGUUGCACCUACGCUGUCGACGCGUUAUUAUCCUCAGUGACAGGAGCUACGACGUGCUUGGCCAACGGUGGCGGGGACGACGUCGCUGACGACGACGACGACGACGUCGCCGCAACGUCGAUCAACUGCCACGAGAUUACAUUGAACAGCGCUGGAACCAGGACAACGACGACGACAACGACGACGCCGUUGCUGCUGGACGCCGGUAGCGUCGACGCGAGAACGAUCGGCAGAAGUAGGAACAGAAACAGCAACAAUCCUACAAACUCCACUGCCGUCGUCAUUGUUGACGUCGCGCCGUCGUUUCACAACGACGACGACGACGAGGAUAACGACGACGACGACGAACACGACGACGAAUCCGACGACGACGAGGACGAGGACGACGACGAGGAUAACGACGACGACGACGACGAAGACGAAGAAGAAGAAGAAGACGACGAAGAAGACGAGGACCGUCGCCGCUAUCACGAUCGCGGCAAGAUGGUCGCGGCGAUGAACGAGCACCUGUCGAACGCUACGACGACGACAACGUCGUCCCCACCGGCGGUAGCGAACGCCAUCCGCAAUACCAUCGCAAUGUCAUCGUCGUCGUCUUCAUCGUCGUCAUCAUCGUUGUCGUCGUCGUCCUCGGUAUCGUCGGCUAUGAUGACAGCGACUACAACAAACGCCGGUGGCAAUCCUUCCGCCACGAUGAUGACGAUGAGCAGUGUCGGGAGCGGUGCCAAUAGUAACAAUAACAACGCCGGCGGCGGUGGAUGCACUAGCGCGCGCAAUCAGGAGUUCCAAGAGAUGGACGGCGACGGCAAGAGCACCAGCGGCAACACCACUGCCGCCGGUAUCCACAGUUUUCCAUGUGACUUCGAUCAUAUGUAUGCCAGCAUGACCGACGGUGCUGCGCCGGCUGCCGCUCUCGGCGUCAGUCCGCUGCGCGGCAAUGAGCCUCGUCACAAUGAUCUCACCGAGGUCAAACACCUCAAGGAGCUGCUAUUGCUCCACCUCGACCUCAUCCAGCAGCAGUCCGAGCAGAUCGUCACCAAGGACAAACUCCUCGCCGCGCUACGUCAGGAAAACGAGACGCUGAAACUGCGUUUGGAACGUAUGGAAAGGCGUGUAAACCUUCAGAAACUGAGAUCUGAAUGUAGCGAGAAUUCUACCGGUUCGGAUCAUUUAGGCGCCUGCUCGCCCACCAGUGUCAAUUCAGUGAAUAUACCUUCGACCAGCGAACUGCAUAGAAACGUUCAGUGCGAGAGUAGCAACAGUAGCAACAUCUUGCACGAGACCUUUAAAAUACGUCUAAACACUAGUGGCGGUAUCACCACUGUUAAACAAGAACCACACGAUAAUCAAAUUAAAUUGGAAGUCAAACAAGAGCCUAAUAACGAGGCGAGGUUUGAAUGGGAAGAGAAAAAGAAGAGACGAUCUGAUCCAACUCCCUUGUCUAUAGGUAGUAAAAAGAAAAGGGGUCUCUCUUGUUCAUCUACUAUCAGUAACGACGGAGUGCAAGAAAAGAUAUUAGGUCAGACGUUGCACGAAACCAGUAGAAAGAGCGACAGGAAGUCAAAAUCUCUUGUGAAAAAGGAAUCCUUUCUCACGACAGAGGAACAUUAUUAUACAGCUGUAGGAGAUCCAACUUAUACGUUAAACAUGAAACAGUUUAGCCCAGUAGAAACGAGUAAUUCGUUAGAAGUUCCAAAUUGGAGAAUAAAGGUGUACACGAGUUGUUAUACAAUGGAGGGAACCGAGAAUUUGGACGAUGAAAUUUUUAAUAAGAGACAUUUGAAAUUAGAGAACGAUGAAAGGAGGCGAAAGCGAUGGGAUGUACAAAGGAUAAGGGAACAAAGGCAUAUAGAAAAGUUGAAGCAACGACAAGAACGUCAAAAUCAUCAAGCUACGUGUUAUAAUACAAAUCAUACUGGUCCUUGUCCAUCAUCCAUGGAAGAGGAAACCAUAACUUCCCUGUGGCCUGAUAUAGAACAAAUUCAAAGUCUUCAAGUAGAUCUUCAUUUGCCAGUAACUGCAUUUGGCGCACCUAUUCCUAGUUUUACUCCGUGCGAAUUCUCUUUACCCUGGUCGAAUAUAACACGAAUAAAGUGUCGACGUCCUAAACGUUCAACAAGUAGAAGAAAAUCUACAGGUAGAAGAAAAAUUUAAGAGAUAUAAAUUUUUAUAAAAUUGGACAGAACUGAUUUUAUCGGUACCGUCAGUUUUAAACUCUUAAAAAUACUACUGCUCCCUCUCACGCCAUAAUUGAAACAGCGUUUUUCGUUGCAAAAUAGGGGCACCAAAGAUAUUUUUACUGACUUUUUAAACACAUGCGAUAUAAUAUAGUU